UCCGGUGCUGCGCAGUUUCCGGAGCGGAUCGCAACCCGGAGUCAGGAUCCGACCCCGCUCUGUACAUUCCACAGGCAGGCGUCAGAGAUGGCAGAGGACGGGAGCGAGGAAAUCAUGUUUAUUUGGUGCGAAGACUGCAGCCAGUACCACGACUCCGAGUGUCCCGAGUUGGGCCCAGUGGUCAUGGUCAAGGACUCUUUUGUCCUCAGCCGGGCAAGGUCAUCUCUGCCUUCCAACCUGGAGAUCAGACGGCUGGAAGAUGGAACCGAGGGCGUGUUCGCUGUAACGCAGCUCGUCAAGCGAACCCAGUUUGGUCCAUUUGAGUCUCGGAGAGUUGCCAAGUGGGAGAAAGAAUCAGCAUUUCCACUGAAGGUGUUCCAGAAGGAUGGACACCCCGUCUGCUUUGACACCUCCAACGAGGACGACUGCAACUGGAUGAUGCUGGUGCGGCCGGCGGUGGAGCAUGAGCACCAGAACCUGACAGCCUACCAGCAGGACAGCGAUGUGUACUUCACCACCUCACGGGACAUCCCGCCUGGCACAGAGCUGCGCGUCUGGUAUGCUGCGUUCUACGCCAAGAAGAUGGACAAGCCCAUGCUGAAGCAGGCCUGCGCUGGCGCCCACGCUGCAGGCACGCCGGAGAGCAGUGCCCUUGUGGAAGCGGAGCCCAGCCAGUGGGCAUGCAAAGUGUGUUCUGCCACAUUCCUGGAGCUGCAGCUCCUCAACGAGCACCUGUUAACUCAUUUGGAACAAGCCAAAGGAGCUCCCCCGCCCAGCCAGAGCGAAGCGACUCCCGAGAAGGAACCAGAGGCACCCCAGGGGGAGCCACCCACAGGGCCCCAGACUGUCAGUGCCACCAAAGAGCUGAAGAAAAAGCCUCGAAGGGGGAGAAAGCCCAAAGCGCCAAGAACCGAGCAGCCACUAGUCAUCGUGGAAGACAAGGACCCUGCAGAGCACGUGGCAGAGAUCGUCACUGAGGUCCCCCCAGAUGAGCCUGUGAGUGCGGCCCCAGAUGAGCGCAUCAUGGAACUGGUGCUGGGGAAGCUGGCCACUGCCACCAGCGACAGUGGCUCUGUUCCAAAGUUCACGCAUCCCCCGCAUAGCACCAUCAGCCUCAAGAGGAGCCUGAUCCUCUCCAGCAGACACGGCAUCCGGCGGAAGCUCAUCAGGCAGCUGGGUGAGCACAAGCGGGUCUACCAGUGUAACACCUGCAGCAAGGUCUUCCAGAACAGCAGCAACCUGAGCAGGCAUGUGCGCUCGCACGGUGACAAGCUGUUUAAAUGUGAGGAGUGUGCAAAAUUGUUCAGCCGCAAGGAGAGUCUAAAACAACACGUUUCUUACAAGCACAGCAGGAAUGAGGUGGACAGUGAGUACCGAUACCGGUGUGGGACUUGUGAGAAAGCCUUCCGCAUUGAGAGUGCCCUGGAGUUCCACAACUGCAGAACAGAUGACAAGACAUUCCAAUGUGAGAUGUGUUUCAGAUUCUUCUCCACCAACAGUAACCUUUCCAAGCACAAGAAGAAGCAUGGGGACAAGAAGUUUGCCUGUGAGGUCUGCAACAAAAUGUUCUACCGCAAGGAUGUCAUGCUGGACCACCAGAGACGGCACCUGGAAGGAGUGAGGCGGGUGAAGAGGGAAGACCUGGAGGCCAGCAGCGAGAACCUGGUCCGGUAUAAGAAGGAACCUUCUGGAUGCCCAGUCUGUGGCAAGGUGUUUUCCUGUCGGAGCAACAUGAACAAGCACCUGCUGACCCACGGCGACAAGAAGUACACCUGCGAGAUCUGUGGGCGGAAGUUCUUCCGGGUGGACGUGCUCAGGGACCACAUCCACGUCCACUUCAAGGACAUCGCCCUGAUGGACGACCACCAAAGGGAAGAGUUUAUUGGCAAGAUUGGAAUCUCAUCCGAAGAAAACGAUGACAAUUCUGACGAGAGUGCUGACUCAGAGCCUCACAAGUAUAGCUGCAAAAGGUGCCAGCUGACCUUCGGCCGGGGGAAGGAGUACCUGAAGCACAUCAUGGAGGUGCACAAGGAGAAGGGCUACGGCUGCAGCAUCUGUCACCGCCGCUUUGCCCUCAAGGCCACCUACCACGCCCACAUGGUCAUCCACCGGGAGAACCUGCCAGACCCCAAUGUCCAGAAGUACAUCCACCCCUGCGAGAUCUGUGGGCGCAUCUUCAACAGUAUCGGGAACCUGGAGCGGCACAAGCUCAUCCACACAGGUGUGAAAAGCCACGCCUGUGAGCAGUGUGGCAAGUCCUUUGCCAGGAAAGACAUGCUGAAGGAGCACAUGCGCGUCCAUGACAACAUCCGCGAGUACCUGUGCGCCGAGUGCGGGAAAGGCAUGAAGACCAAGCACGCGCUGCGCCACCACAUGAAGCUGCACAAGGGCAUCAAGGAGUACGAGUGUAAGGAGUGCCACCGCAAGUUCGCACAGAAGGUCAACAUGCUGAAGCACUACAAGCGCCACACGGGGAUUAAAGAUUUCAUGUGUGAGUUAUGCGGAAAGACAUUUAGUGAGAGAAACACGAUGGAGACCCACAAGCUCAUCCACACAGUGGGCAAGCAGUGGACGUGCUCGGUGUGUGACAAGAAGUACGUCACUGAGUACAUGCUGCAGAAGCACGUGCAGCUCACCCACGACAAGGUCGAGGCGCAGAGCUGCCAGCUGUGUGGGACCAAGGUGUCCACCAGGGCCUCCAUGAGCAGGCACAUGCGGCGUAAGCACCCCGAGGUCCUUGCCGUGAGGAUCGACGAUCUGGACCACCUCCCAGAGACCACCACCAUCGACGCCUCCUCCAUCGGCAUUGUUCAGCCUGAACUGACUCUGGAGCAGGAGGAGUUGGCUGAAGGGAAGCACGUGAAAGCUGCGAAGCGAACUCACAAGAGAAAGCAGAAGCCAGAGGAGUCGGGAGCCCCAGUGCCUGAGAGCGCCACCUUCAGCGAGUACCCAGAGAAAGAGACGGAGUUUGCGGGCAGCAGCGUGGGAGACGAGACCAACUCAGCGGUACAGAGCAUUCAGCAGGUGGUAGUGACGCUGGGUGACCCAAAUGUCACCACUCCGUCGAGCUCGGUUGGCUUGACCAACAUCACCGUGACCCCCAUCACCACUGCAGCUGGGACUCAGUUUACCAACCUCCAGCCGGUGGCUGUUGGCCACCUCACCACCCCAGAACGCCAGUUGCAACUGGACAACUCCAUCCUGACCGUGACCUUUGACACCGUCAGCGGCUCCGCCAUGUUGCACAACCGCCAGAACGACAUCCAGAUCCACCCGCAGCCAGAAGCCUCGAACCCACAGUCUGUGGCGCACUUCAUCAACCUGACCACCCUGGUCAACUCCAUCACGCCGCUGGGCAACCAGCUCAGUGAGCAGCACCCCCUGGCAUGGCGGGCGGUGCCUCAGACAGACGUCCUGCAGCCCCCACAGCCACAGCCCCCGCAGCAGCAGGCGGCCCAGCCCCAAGUGCAGACAGAGCCACAGCAACAGAUGUACAGCUAUUGAGUCUCCCUGCAGAGAACUCGGAAAUAGAAAGACAGGGAGGUUCUGGUGGACUUGUGAGGUUUGUGUGCUGGAUACCAAACAAAGAAAAAAAAUACAUUGCCAUGUUAAUAAAGGUUGACUUAGCUUUUGCAGAAUUAUCUCCAGACCCCCCAACCACCAUUACAGUCUGCCAGGCAAGAGUUUUCCCCUGAUGGGUUCCACACUAUGCCUUACUCAAGGUGGCCAGUCGUGGGCAGCGGCCCCGCCCCAA